AUGAUCAAUCAUCCACAAGCACAAUUUUAUGAACCUGAAUUUGAAGUGGAAAAGAACAAUUAUACUAGAAGCAAGAGUCCAGCAAUAAUUAGUGCAAUAAAAAGAGCAUAAAUGAAUAACGAUACAAAUUAGGGGAAAAUAGUAUUUAAAGUGAAAACAGAUGUAGAUAUUUAGCACUUAGGCUUCUCUCAGAGACGCAAGAUAGGUUUUAGAAACAAAUACGAGUUCGAUAAGAAGAGGAUCCUAGUGGCUGAUUCAUAGAGAGUUAAAGUAAUUGGAUUCGAUCAGCAAUCUCAGAUGCCUUAUGACAUCGCUGAGUAUGAAAUCUAUAAAAUUGAUGAAUAAAUUUAAUACGCCACUUUCUUCGAUGACUUCAACCCUAAGCUUAUUUUGAUUGUAACAUAUAACCGUCAAAAAGAUAGAACCUAUUUUAAGGCUCUUAAAUUGGCAAAGAAUUUAAACCCAGAUCAAUAGUUAUUGUUAUAGUAAUAGAGAGAAUGCGAAGAUCUAUAAUAAAACAAUCUUAUUGAAGAAUCAAGUUCUCUGGAUUUAAAGGAGAAACUAGUAAAUGAAAUUAAGUAAAAUUUGGCUUAAAACUUGCUAGAUGCAUCUUAUACUGGUUAUGAGAAUUAUCAAGUUACUCUACAGAAUGGCGACCAAAUAAGCAUAAAACAUAGAGCAAUAGUCAAGGGAAGAUUUGAAAAUUAAAGGAAAAUUAUAUCUAUCUAGAGUCCAUAAAAUGGAGGAGAUGUGUAAGAUAGCUCGGCAUUUCCUAGUGACAAUAAUCUAGAAGAAUUGGAUAUAGAUGCCCCGAUGAAGUUGAACAAAUACAAAGUAGUUUGCUUUAAGCUGCUGAAACUUGAAAAUACACAUUUGCUAUAUUGCAAGUAUAAAACUUGUUCUUACAAUGGAAAAUCUCUAUAUGUAGUGGACAGUAUUGAUUUAUCUUUAAGGCAGUAUCUCUUUCGAGAUCUUGAACUUUUGAAUGAUUAAGGCAUUGAACAAGGCGAUAGAAGUCAAUUGAACCUCGAUGAGUUGAUUAAAGUUAGAAUUCAUGAACUUAAUCCUUAUGAAAAUGCAAAUCUUGCUCUUGUUCACUAACGGAGUACAAACUCUUAGAGAAUAUAGACUUAAAUGAUAAUAAAAAAUAUAUUGAACUAUGGAGAUUAUCUGAUAUUGUCAUAUGAGAAUAACUUUAACGUAGAUUUAUACAGUAAAAAUGGAAUAUGUAUGGACAGGAUUGAUAUUGAGUAGCUAUUUUUGCUCAGCGAUCUUCGAGUGAUGUCUAUCGAUUAUACAUAAAUGUGCAGAUUAGACUGGUCAGACCGCUAUUUUGAUUUUGUUUAGCUAACUUACAAGCAGAUUCCAACAAAGAUAUUAUUGGCUGGAUUGUAUACAAGCUCAUUACUAAAAUAUGAAAAGAAUAACUCUUAUGUGCUCAUGCUUAAUAGAACUAAUAAGCAGUAGUCUAUAAUUAAGGCAUUUAAAAGUUAGUAUCGUAUAACUAGUCUAAAUUACGGACCUUAUGAUAAUGGCCACGUUUUAGUUGGAAUGGAAAACGGAACUCUUUUAGCGUUUAGUUCAAUUGAUAUGUCCAAACUCUAUCAAGUGCGAAUCUUCGAUAGGGAAAUUAAUAGAAUCACGAUAGAUCCCACUAAUUAAGUUAUUUUGGGGUCAAAUUAAUCAUAAGAAUUAGCAACAGUAACUUUCAUUGAAAGCAAAGUUGAUUAUGUCUAUGUUGAUCUUGGCAAAAAGAAAUUUUGCACCAUUUUGCUGAAUAAGAAUGCUCAAACAACAAGGAGUAAAACUCCUACUUAUUAUAAAAAGCCUAUCUCACGGAAGCUCAAUUGA